AUGACAUCUGAAAACAGUUCUUGCUUCCUACGGUUCCAGAGAAUAAGAAUAUUCUUCUUGCUCGCAUCUUUCACUUUAUCGAAAAGUUUUGUCCAUCGGUUGCCAUCCAAUUCCGACUCACGACAAGUGCAAUGGAAACUGAGGUCAGAGCCUUCGACACUUUCCGAUGAUACAGCAGUCAAAAAGUCUACCGAUAUUUUAGCGCUAAAGAGACUUGAUCAAUGUGCAUCUGGCAGUGCAGCGAAGGCGUUGCUUGAGGAUUUUACUGGAGACGGCAGCUUGUACCGCAGCAUAUCGAUACCUGCUGGUGCGUCCGACCGUGGAAUUAGUGAUGGCGACCUGGCUAUUCAGACGAAGAUUCGCAACAAAAAGUAUGGAAUUUUCGACCUUAUUGACCUCAAUGGUAAUCGAGACGCCGAUCGUGCUUCAGCGGGCGUCUUGGGAGUCUUUCUUGCCAGCAGCUUCUCCGCAAUCGCCGCGAACCAAAACCUUCCUGGACCAGAGAUUUUUCGGUUUGUUGUGGUAUGGAUUCUAUCCUUUGCCCCACUUGCACUUGUCGGCUAUGGAAUUGCAACUCCUGACAACCUUCAGGCCUUGUUAGUCUCGAUUCAACGGGAGUUAUUCCCAACCUACCGUAAGCGUAUGAUUCAGCACGAAGCAGGACACUUUUUGAUCUCACAUUUAUUGGGGUUCCCGAUCAAAGGAUACUCCGUGAAUGCUGUCAAAAAUGCAGUCGAGUUUUAUCCAUUGAGUGAUCGAGAUGCUGGAGUGCAGAGAGCCAAACAACUUGGAUUUGAUAAACCAAUCAACGAACGAGUAGAAGACUUUUUCGAACCACCGUCCGAAGAUGUUCCCUACUUUAGUAAGGAUGGUAGUGGUGGAUCAAUCGUGGAAACCCAAUCCGUCUUUCGGAAUGCCAAAAACUACACUGACAACCCAUUCCUCCGGCUUUCACCUCGAGACGAGCCCCGAGAAUCCUGGCCAUUCCGAGGCUUCAACCACCAAACCAUUGACCAAUUGGCUGCAAUCAGCGUCGCUGGAGUCUGUGCCGAAAUCUUGGCGUUUGGAAAUGCGGAAGGAGGUGUGGCAGACUUUAGCCAGUUGCGUCAGAUCUUUUCUAGUGCAGAACCGGAGCUCACCGAGCGGGAAAUGGAAAACAGAAUACGCUACGCGGUUGGUUACACCAUGACGCAGCUACGACUCCACCUUGGUGCGUUGGAUAGCCUCGCGGAGGUCAUGGCAAGAGAUGGCACUGUGUCCGAAUGCGUCGCAGCAAUUGAAACCUGCGAAAACGUCAGUGGCGCCGAUGCCAUUUUUGGCGACUAUGAACUUCGGAGAAGAAAGGAAUUCAAGAAUCUUGGCGCAGGAAUUAUCGAGAAACUCUUUCUCGGUGAGAAGAACGCAGAUACCGAAGAAGACCGCCUAAUUGAGGGAAAGGGUGGUGGCUAUCGCAAAACCAAAGAGCCCUUGAUCAAAAUUACCGGAGACGAUCCACUCUACAUUGCACUAGGGAUAUCUUGCCUAUUUGUGGCAUGGGCCACAAAUGGAGGUCUUUCCUUGCAUUAG